UUAAUUUGUACUACUCCAAAUACAUUAUAUACAAAAUAAAACAUUAAUUUUUUCCAUGAAUUAACUUGGCCCGGCCCAAAUAAUCAUAUAAUUUGGUGGCCCGAAUAAUCAUAACAAAAAAAUCCCAAAUUUCCAUUCUGCAAAUUCGUUCGUUAGCAAUGGCCACCUUCCUCAGUCAAGCGUCGUCUUAAACACAAUACACUACGGCGUCGUAUUACGUUCUCUCUCUCUCUCUCCCUACAUCGGUAAUGGCAGCAGCGACGUUCAGAUACUUGGUACAGCUACACAAGGACGUUCCGAAAGCGGCGAGAUUCUACUCAGAGGGAUUGGGCUUCACCAUUGACGUCUGCACUCUCCGAUGGGCCGAGCUCCAUUCGGGCCCUCUCAAGCUCUCCCUCCUUCAUUCCCCCAGUGACAAUGCUGAGAGCAAGGGCUACUCGUCACUACUAUCGUUUACAGUAACCGACAUAAAUAGCACUGUAACGAAACUGAUGUCUUUAGGCGCCGAAUUGGACGGUCCGAUUAAAUACGAAGUCCACGGAAAGGUGGCAGCAAUCCGGUGUGCUGAUGGUCACGUCUUAGGUCUUUACGAGCCUUCUUAGAAAUUCCCGUUCGAGAGUAUGUAUACUGCAGAGCAUCAUAUAUUUUGUGUAGAAGCUCCCGGUAUGUAUUGCAAUCCCCAAAUCGAAUCCAUUCCAUUAAUUCUUGACAUUUGGGACCGAUUUUUUUUCCUUCUUUCUUUCGUUUAUGUUGUUGUAUGUAGAAGUGCCUUUGACAUGUAUAAAUAUUAAAUAGUGGUUAUUUUUGCUUCUUCAUUUU